AUACAGCGUUACUUAUUAUACAUUUACUAUUAUUCUAUGUUCUUUAUCAGCAGCGGCUCGCCCAUAGAGGGCGCUGGGGCGCCGACCUCCCUGUCAGUUUUUAUUUUUAUUUAAUUUUUUAUUUAAUAAUAAUAAGCUUUUAAUAAUCUCUCAUUUUGAAAAAUAAUCUGUGUUAAUGACAUGCUAUUAGUGGUUUUACUUUAGAAUGUGUUUAGAACUCUCCAGAAUGAUAUUUGCAUUCACUUCAUGUUGGUGUAGUAGUAGCCAAUAGGCUGUCUUCCCUGGGCUCCAGUUCGCUCAGCCCAACAGUGCUGGAAUUUAAGCCAAUGGAUACCCUGUUGCUACGCAAAAAAGUUUAUAUUUUGCCAAUCAUCGUCGUCGAAUUUUAUGGUUUAGGGGCUCUGAAAAUAUCGCCCGUGAUUAGAGCAGUGCACCUGCUGCACCACGGGAUAUUUACCUCAGAGGAGUACGAGUGCAGUAUGGAGGCGCCGAUGAAGUCGAGUAGCUUUAAUGAAGUCGUGGGAGUUGAGCUAGCCCCAAAUUCAGUUAAAUCUCUACACCUGUAUCCAUUUGAAAGAAGAACAUUAGCGGAAAAACUAAUUGUAAAAGAACUCGGACCAGACAAGCCAGAAGUGAAUAUAAUCCAACAGGCGCGAGAAAAGGAGAAAACCUACAAGAGAUCAUUUUCCCGAGGUUGGUUCAAUCGAAAGCUUUGGCUUACUAGCUGUGGUUACGCCAAUGCAAUCUUUUGCUUCCCUUGCUUACUGUUUAAAUCAAGUGCUUGUGAUAGCUCGUGGACACAGACAGGGGUAACAGACCUGAAACAUAUGUCAGAACGCAUUAAGAAACACGAACGGGCAAGAGUGCAUAUGGACAACUCUGUGAAGCUAGCCAUGUUAGGCCGAAUUAGCAUAGCCACACAGCUAGAUGAGGGACACCGCGUUGCGAUAAGAAGGCACAACGAAGAGGUGGACAGGAAUCGGCAUAUUUUGUCAAAGAUCAUUGAUGCCGUGAAAUUUUGUGGUGCCUUUGAACUUGCUUUGCGUGGUCACGAUGAGAGUGAAGCCUCAGAAAACCCUGGCAUCUUCCUGGGUCUAAUUGAUCUCAUGGCCUCAAUCGACCGCGAGUUGGAGGUGCACCUGGAGAACGCCACUGUUUUUAAAGGCACUUCGAAGACCGUGCAGAAUGAACUGUUAGACUGCAUGUUGUCAGUUCUCAGAGACCGCAUUCUGGAAGAGGUGAAACAGUCGGACUAUAUUGCCAUUCAGGCAGACGAGACAACCGACAUAUGCACUCAUUGUCAGCUUGUGCUUGUACUACGGUACAUAGAUGGCCACAACAACAUUCAAGAACGCUUUUUUGAGUUUAUCGCGCUUCCAAAUGCGACCGCUGAUACGAUUUCCACUGCAUUAUUGGAAAGACUGAGCACCAUCCUUCCUGCGGGACAAGAGGGGAAAUUAAUUGCCCAGGCCUAUGAUGGUGCCGCAGUGAUGAGGGGUGCUACUGGUGGAGUGCAGCGUAAAGUGCAAGACGUCUACGGGUGUGCAUAUUACGUUCACUGUUAUGCGCAUCAGUUGAACCUCAUUAUGCAGCAGGCAACGUCCCACAUCCCAAAGAUCGGCCAGUUUUUUUCAGAUGUAGGGGGGUUUUCUACAUUUUUUUCCAAGUCAUUCAAACGAACGGCAGUGCUGGAUGAAGUGGUGGCACACAGACUUCCAGGUGCUUCAACAACUCGAUGGAACUUCCACAGUCGAGCGGUUAACACCGUUUACGAGCACAAAGACGAACUGGUUAAGUGCUUCCAAACCAUUCGAGACAGAGGAGACUUUGAUGCCAUAUCGAAGAGAGAGGCCGGGGGUUGUAUGAGAAUGUUGGAAGAUGAGGUUUUCUGUUUCAUCCUGGCGUUAUUCCACAAAAUCAUGCCACAUGUAGACAUGCUGUUUAACCAUCUGCAGAAGAGGAACAUUGACUCUGUCUUCAUCGCAGGGAUCAUCCAGAGGUUCACUCACAGCAUACAGGCCAUCAGGGACUCCGUUCCUUCUCUAGUUGAGGAUGAGGAGUAUAGGGGACCUGUACAGGAACCACCCCUGAAGAAACGGAGGGCAAUGGGAGAAGAAACGCAACAGCAUCUGGCAAUAGAGGUAUGUGAUACCAUUAUGAGCCAUGCCAAGGAGAGGUUUUCUUUCACCAAUCAUCUCAUCAGUGCCACUCUGUUGCAAGGAGACUUGUUUCCACAACACAGCAGAAAGUUCCCGGAUUCAGCACUAGGAACCACGGUGGAUGCCUAUCCCAUGUUGGACAAAGCCAGACUUAAAACAGAACUGUCCCUGAUCUAUGAAAAUGAGGACUUCCAGGGUUGCAGUGGUGCACUGGCUCUCUUUCAGGUUGUAAUGGAAAAUAACCUUCAAGACACAUUCACCGAAACUGUAAGUCUUCUCAAGAUCCUCAUCACCACACCAAUGACAACAGCAGAAUCAGAGAGGUGCUUCUCUACUUUAAAGAGGAUCAAAACUUUCCUUAGGAACAUGAUGGCACAAGAUCGCCUCAACGCUCUGGCUAUGCUCUCUAUAGAGAAAAAACUCACACGGGACAUUCCAGAUUUCAACACAAGGGUCAUUGAGAGAUUUGCCACUCAGAAAGACAGACGAGCAAAGUUUCUGUACAAAUAAGAGUUCUUCAUCCCCUUCACUCUCACUCACACAUUCACUCCAUCUACCUCUCUCAUACACAAAUCUAACUGUCACAGACACCAUAUGUUAGUCUCUCUCUACUCUUUACUCUCUCUCUUUCUCUCUCACCCUCCCAUCUAUCUCUCCGACAGA